GGGUGAAGAUUGCAUUGCAUAGGCAGUGUUUGGAUAAAGUGCCGCGAGGUUCUUUUCCAUGUCCAUCAUUAGCUUGGUGUCCAAAGCUUAACAAAAACAUCAGUAAUGGGCUUAAGUGAAGGAAGAAAUGAAAGGAGAAGAGUGCUAUCAAAGUACAAAGCCUACAUUGAGUAUCAGAGAGCUGCCACCACACACUUCACCAUGCGAUUCAACACUUUGUUUUUCCUGCUCAUCAUUUCUUUUAUCUGUCUUGCAUUGUCACAAGUCUCCUACGAUGACUGCUGUCUGAAGUACGUGAAAAAAGGGAACAAAAACAUUCAAAGGCAUGCAGUCAAGUACAGACUUCAGAGGCCAGACGGGGGCUGCAACAUCCCGGCGGUAAUUUUCAUCAUGAGGAGGGGCCGCAUGUACUGCGCAAACCCCAACGACGGGUGGGCCAAACAACUGAUGCAGAAGAUUGAUGAGAAGGAAGCCAAGCACAGCAAGACGCACCAUCAACAACAUCCAAGGAGAGGCUGAGGGCAACUGCUAUCUACAAUUAACGUGUUCAUCUUUCUGCCCUCUUCAAUCAUUUGGUUGAGCAAUGAGAGGAUUUAUGAUGCUUUUAUGGCAUUUUAUUGGAAGGCAAUUGAGGAGGCUGGCCUUGGAAAUGCUGCAGUACUACUUUUGCUUUAACUUAGCAUUAUCAUAAAGGUCAAAAGCUGUUCCAGAGUUGUUUUCUUUGAGGAGUAGACUGAAGCUGACGGGCCCUACUGAACAAAUAAGCACGUUUUAAUGCAUGGCUGAUUCACAGGACAUAUAUGUGACCCUUUUUGUACGUUUUCAGACAUCAGAUAUUAAAAUAGACUGCUUGAUGAUAUAAAUGGUGAUGGAGAUUAAAUUAUGCAUUUGAUAUAACAUUGUACCUGUCAUCUGUAAUGUUUCUACAUGUCCGUCAAGUACUUUCAUAUGUAUAUGUGAAAUCUCUAUGUGUAAAUGCGAAAACAGUUUAAUUUUCAUUUUUUAAAUGGCUCUCUUUUCACACGUUUGUAUAAAAGCUCUAUGACAAUAAAAUACAGUCAUGGCAAUGAAGAA